UGUUCGUUUACGAGUGACGCUCCACCACCACCGCACCCACCCACCGCCGCACCGACGCACCGCGCCGUCUCUCCCAUGGCGCUGACCGUGUCCGCCGGCCUGCUCGCUACCGGCGGCGGCGAGCGCAGCGCCGUGCUCGUGCGCAUCACCACGGUGCUGGCGCUGCCCGUGUGGAGCCUCGUCUGGGAUAUUCACAUCCAGAUCGCCGUGGGGAGCAGAGGCAAGGCCAAGCUCGCCUGAGGAACGACGCAUUCUAGGAGCCGUCACCGCCGCCACCAGCACCGCCACCAGCACCGCCACCAGCGCCGCCACCAGCGCCGCCACCAGCGCCGCCACCAGCGCCGCCACCAGCGCCGCCACCACCGCCGCUGCCACCAUCGCGAAUUUUGGAUACAAAUUUUUCUGGGAGACGACGGAACGAAUCGUUGCCACGAGACGCGGGUCAGCGCAAGCGAACGUCGCCGAUGAAUCACCGCGGCCAGGAGGACGAUCGAACGAACAAGAGCAUGGCCAUCUAAUCGCGACAGGCGAGGUGAACAACAAAACAACAACAACUGGAUAAAAUCAAAACAACAAAACACGGUGAAAAUAUCUCGUCGCUCACCAUCCAUCGCCAAUCGCAAGCGGCGGGGGGGGGGGGGGGGGGAUGAUGUCGCCUCCGUUGUCCGGGCCCCAGCGCCUCGCCGGCCGGGCAUCCUAACGACCCGGCAACGGUCGCCCGCCCGCCCGCGAUGGCGUCGUCCGCGGCAUCGUCCGCGGCGGCUUCGUCCGCGCCGGGCUCCUCCGGCGGCUUCUCCUCCUGGGAGGGCGGCAACGGCAGCUCGCCGUGGGGCGGCGGCGUCUCCGCGUCCGGCUCCGGCGCCAACGGCAGCGGCCCCGGCGGCGUCGGCGGUGUGGGUGGCGGUGGCGGCGUCGUGGGCGGUGGCGAGCGGCACCACCAGCCGUGCCCGCUGGGCCUGUCGCAGCGCUACGCGGGCGACGUGUGCGUCCUGGAGGCGGCGGUGCUCACGCUGCUCACGGCGCUGAUCGUCGCCGGCAACCUCACGGUGAUCUUCGUGUUCCACUGCGCGCCGCUGCUGCACCACCACACCACCAGCUACUUCAUCCGCACGAUGGCCUACGCCGACCUGAGCGUGGGCCUCUCCUGCCUGGUGCCCACACUCUCGCUGCUCCACUACGGCCCCCCGUGGGGCCUCAGCGAGCGGCUCGCCUGCAAGGCCUUCGGCUACGUGGUGUCGGUGCUCAAGAGCGUGUCGGUGGCCUGCCUGGCCUGCAUCAGCCUGGACCGCUACCUGGCGGUGACGCGGCCACUCUCGUACGGCCGCCUGGUGACGCCGUGCCGCGUGCGCUGCUCGGUGGCGGCGGUGUGCCUCUACUCGUGCGCCGUGUUCGCGCCGUCGUUCUUCGGCUGGGGCAAGCCGGGCUACCACGGCGACGUGUUCGGCUGGUGCGCCCGCUCCUGGCGGACCAACGCGGCCUACACGGCGUUCGUGGUGUGCGCGCUGUACGCGCCCGCCGCCUCCGUCGUGUGCUUCACCUACGCGCGCAUCUUCCGCAUCUGCCGCCAGCACACGCGGCAGAUCCGCGAGCGCCGCGCCCGAUUCCCCAACCGCGACGCCGACGCCGGCGGCGAUGACGACGACGACGGACGACGCGGGGCGCCGGGGCCGUGCGGCGGGGGGAGCGGCAGGUCGGCGGCGUCGUCGGCGGGCACGGCGAACUCGGCGCCGGACCGGCGCUACGCCACGGUGCUGUUCCGCAUCACCAGCGUGUUCUACGCGUUGUGGCUGCCCUACAUCGCCUACCUGCUGCUGGAGAGCGCGCGCCUCGUGGACAGCGCGCCCGUCUCCUUCCUCACCACGUGGCUGGCGAUCAGCAACAGCUUCUGCAACUGCCUCGUCUACAGCCUCUCGACCAGCGGAUUCCGCCUCGGCCUCCGUCGCCUCUCGGGCGCCGUCUGCGCCGCCUGCGCCGCCAGCGGACGCGCCGCUCGGGGCCCCUCCCUCGCCGGCAGCACGGCCGGCGGGCAGAACGGGGCGCCGUUCCGGGCGGUAGCUGGCACCGGCGCCGGCGAGGGCCUGGGGCUCGGCUUGGGGCUGGGGGGUGACCCGUGCGAUAUUUGACCGUUCCCCCUCCACCCCCGUCCGUGGCCACACCGGCGGCAUUUGCCUGGCGGUCUGAUUCCGGCGGAGUAUUUCCGGCGGUGCGAUUUUGGUGGCGUGAUUCCGACGGUGUGUUUCUCGGCGGUGUGAUUCUGGUGGUGUGUUUUUUGCGGUGGUUACGAUUUCGGUGGUGUGUUUCCAGUGGUGUGACUUCGGCGGUGUGAUUUCGGCGGUGUGAAUCUGGUGGGUGCGACCCCGGUGGGAUCGUCGCCGUUAAACCGCAGCCCAGCUGGGAGAGCAUGGGUUUUUGACCCGGGGCCGCUGGUGGGGCGGGUUCCGGCUGGUUGUCUUGGCGUCCCGGAUGAUGACGACAUCCCUUCCUGUCGCCGAUUUUAAUGGUGCAGCGAGCAUCUGUGCUGUGCGGAAAUGCCGCCGCCCCCCUUCCUCCCUUCCACCCCCUCGCCAACUCUGGGAUUGAACCCAGGAGGUCGGGGCAAGCGGCCACUUCACCUGAGCAGCAACGCAGUUGGGAUUGCGAUGGGCCAAGCGUGGUGGUUCAACUCGGGGAGAAAACUUUACGGCAAAUUCACCCGCGGUGGCCACUCCGCUCACCGCAGGUCGUCGCCGGCCCUGGUAACCGGAGCCCAGUUUGCGGGAAGGUCCCGACAGUGGCCGAAUGACAUCUCGUCUCUCCCCGGGAGAUGGAGACGGUGAGGAGGAGGAGGUGGGGUCGAGGGAGGGAGGAGCGAGGUUUUGGCUUUGUUACCGAGCGACGGUGCAGCCGUCUUGGCGUUCGUUGAGCAUGACGCGAGCUUGGGGGUUCCCAGAAUGCCACGGGUGUUGGUGGGUGCCAGCUGCCCCCGGCCGCCCUCCCCCUCCAAUUAUCAACGAUCACGGCCUGGAUGGAUGGAUGGAGAAAAUUGAUGGCUGGCGAAAUUGACCGGUGCCGCAGAAAAGGAACCCCGGCGGAUUUUGAGGGCGACGCGUCGGAUGGAACGAGUCGGAUGGAAGGCGUCGGGUGGAACGCGUCGGAUGGAACGCGACGCGCCGGACCCCUGGACGGGCGGAGAAGGAGACGACGAAGAUGCGGAUGAGACGCUGGUGGAAGGGGGUUGUAGCGGGGGGGGGGGGGGCGGGUGCGGAACAGCAAACGGUGUCCGUCCGUGCUGAGAUUCGUCGUCGUCUUCUCGCCCGGAGAGACAAGGCUGGGCCGCUGCAGCGCAGGCCGGUCCGGUGGAAUCUCUCUCGUCCUCUCCCCCGCCACGGGCUGCCGGUAGCGGCGUGCGCGUUGAGUCCCGAGCGAGGGGUGGGCGGAUCGCCCUGAGAUGGGCGGACGGAGCGCGAGGAGGUGGACACUUCGGCUUUGCUCGACCGUGGUACCGCGGCCGUUGGCAAAAUGUUCCCCUCACCCCCCCUCACCCCCCCGAGCCCCCCCCCUCACCCCCACCGUGCGUGUCGUUCACGCUCCUGCUGGCGUGGCCGGCGCCGGUUCACGACGUGGGUCGAGAAUUAUUUUGGCGACUCAACUCCAACGAUUCGGCAGCGCCUCUCUCCGCUACCGCCGCCAUUAACCGCCGCCAUUAACCACCGUAGUUGACCGCUACCGUUAACAACCGCAGUUGUUAACCGUUGCCGUUAACUGUCACGGGUAACCGUCGUCAUUAACGGCCGCCGUUAACCGCCGCCGUUAACCGCUGCCACUGUUGACGCCGCCACGUGUCAUCGAACAGAUGCCGCGUGCUGCUCGUUAUCGUUGUUCCGGGGUGGGGGGGGAUUUGGGCCGAUCAAAACUGGCA